AUGGCAGCGUCUCCUCCCCCUCCCCCUGGUCUCCAUCCUCCUCCUGCUGCAGCAGCAGCAGCAGCAGCAGCAGCAGAUUCAUUUAUGCAGCCCCCUCUUGUCUCCUUCCUAACAGGGGAUUUUGCUUCUGCAACAGCUUUGCUGCAGCAGUAUGGAUUGGAGCUGCAGCAGCAGCAGCAGCAGCAGCAGCAGCAACAGCAACAGCAGCAGCAACAACAACAACAGCAACAGGUGCAGGUGCAGGUGCAACAGCAGGUCCAGGCACAACAACAACAACAGCAGCAGCAAGCGCAGCAGCAGCAGCAGCAGGUGCAAGCUGCUGCAGCAGCAGCAGCAGCAGCAGCAAUAAGCCCAAGACCUACAGUAGCACCAAGCAGCAGCUACACAUCAGCAGCAGCAGGAGCAGCAGCAGCAGCAGCAGCAGCAGCAGCAGCAGGACAAUCAUCAUCAGCAGCAGGAGCAGGAACAGGAGAAGAAGGAGAUACAACAGGUUAUAAGGGAAUAGAUAUAAAAUUGCUGCUGCUGCUCGAUGCUGCUGCUGCUGCUGCUGCAGUGCAGCACAAUCGUCUUAAUAUUCAUCUUCUUAAUGUUAAACAAAAAGUUGCAUUAGUAAGAUAA